AUGGCGUCAUCUACCAACACACUUGCACCUAUACACCCCAACAAAAUGGAGUUGUCGAGAGAAAACAUCAACAUCUCCUUGAAAUGGCACGAGCAUUUAGCUUGCAUCAUCACACUUCAGCCCACUCACUCUACAAUUCCACCAACAGAUCCUCCUUACAUCUUCAAUUCGACCAGGCCCACAACACCUCCUAGCCCAUUUUUUACACCACCUACCAGCCCAUUACCCAACCAAACCAUUGCAACGCCAACCUCACCAUCCCUUAUCUCCUCUGUACCUACUUUCCCUGACAAAACCAACGCCACCUCUCCUCCCUCCCAUCUCGACUACCUAGACACCACUCCUACCCCAACACCACCUUCUCCUCUUCGGCGCUCCGCCUGCAUCCCCCAGCCCUCUGUUCUUCUCAGAGAUUUCGAAUGCAACAGUACCAUGUCCACCACUUAUUCUGAUUCAUCUUCUGCCAUCACAGGGGCUUCCACUGAUCCUCUUUGGUGUGAAGCUAUGACAAAGGAAAUACAGGCACUUGAGCAAAAUAAGACUUGGAUUCUCACCACUUUACCUGCAGGCAAACGACCUAUUGGUUAUAAAUGGGUGUUCAAAGUCAAAUACAACUAUGAUGGUACUGUUGAACGAUAUAAAGCCCGACUUGUUGCUAAAGGUUACACGCAAAAGGAAGGGCUCGACUACACUGAGACAUUUUCUCCCACUGCCAAACUCGUUACCUUCCACUGCCUCCUUGCCAUUGUAGCCGCUAGUGAUUGGCCUCUCGAUCAACUCGACGUGCAAAAUGCAUUUCUCCAUGGUGACUUGGAUGAGGAAGUUUACAUGGUCCUUCCUCCCGAAUCACGGGGGGAACUUAGUAUGUCAGCUACGAAAGUCGCUCUAUGGUUUAAAGCAAGCAAGCCAUAA